AUGACCAUUAUCGCAGUCGGUGCCCUCUAUGUGGACACUAUUCUGACGUACGUCCAGGGUCUACCCAGUCCCGGUUUGAGGAGCUGUAAAGGAACUCCGCAUUGCCCUGAAGAAGAUGAAAAAUUACGUGCAUCACAAAUUUCCAAAAGGCGGGGUGGGAACUGUCCCAAUACCCUCGAAGUGCUGCAGCAGUUAGCAAAUACGGCAUCCAAACGCCUUUCCUUAAAUUUAGUUACAGUGCUUCCAGCGAAAUCAUCCGCUAUCUGCCAAAAGAUUAAGUCUGAAUUGGGACCUCAUGUUAAUAUGCAGUCUUGCAUUUAUCGAGAGGAAUUUAGCGAACCGGCUUCGAGUUACAUUAUCAAAAGCCAGUCAACUGGUAGCCGAACGAUUGUGAACUACAAUGAGCUUCCUGACAUGACGGUGGAUGAAUUCAUUGAUUCUGCAAGUAAAUUAGCUCCUGCAACGGCUUGGUUUCAUUUUGAGACGAGAGAUCCAUCUGGUUCAUUUAUUACAGAACAGAAAAUCUCAUAUCGAUAUCGUUAUUGGCUUCUAACCCCAUUCAAGGGUAGAACCCCAGAUGUGAUUCUUGCAUGCAUAUGCUUUCUUCGAAAAAAUUUCCCUUCUGUUCGUGUCAGUGUUGAGAUCGAGAAACCCGGUCGGGCAGGUCUUCAGGAGUUGGCAAAGGCAGCAAAUGUGGUGUUCUAUUCAAAAUCAUGGGCAACUCAUAAUUCCUUUAACACUCUUUUCCGGAAAGCUUUGCUAAAUUUUGCAAAGGUUGAAGGAUAUUCAUCUGCAGAGGCAUGUUUGCUGGAGCAAUCCACACAGGCACCCAAUGCGUAA